CCUUUGUAGAGGCAUGAGCUCAUUCAUUCAUUCCCGAACUAUUUUAGUUUCUGACAUUGCUCCUUCCGUGUCUGCCCAUCUACACGACUGCAAGCAGAUAUAAACCACCUCUGCAUCCAUCCACACGACGUAAACAUCCCAUUACACAGCAGGAUUACUCGAAUAUUCAACUUCACACCGCCAACAUGCUUAUGAUGAACCUGCAUGCCCUCGUGGCUCUUAUUCCUCUUGUGGCUUCUCUGCCCUCGAUGCCCUCGAUGCCCUCAUUUAGGAAUAAACUCAAGUCUCUCUCCUCACACGAUGACCAAUGCCCGUUCCCAGAAUCCUACAAGAUCACGUCGCUCCAGGUCUGGACACCAAAGAAUAACAAUACCCAUCCAAUUGUCGUCGAUUUUCAGUACGCAGACAACGAGACAAAGAUCGAAACGUCUUGUUACUACAAUGGAACCCAGCCAAACGCAGGACCAGAGGGCUUGGCCCCCAGAUAUGCUUGCGAAAACCCAACCGUGCAAUUCCAGUGGGUCCAAAAGACGAGCAUGCUCUCUAUCAUCGAGCUGGCAUGCCCCAAUACAGCAGAGUCGGGCUUCAUGGCCGUGGACCAGUUCACCCCCAGGCUCAGCUGCGUCGAUACAAGUAACACUACCGCGUUCGGAGAAGGGUCGCAAUGCUUUUCUCUAGAUUUUGCCAUCCUCAGAAAUUUCACUGCUCUCGACCCCAUCGCACCCCCAGGAGGAAAUUAGAUCCCGGGGAGAGAAACGGAUUCGGAGACAAGGGCAAUCACAGGUGCCUAUGAAGAAUGGGAUAAAGUACAGGCGGUAAUCGGUGAGCAAUGAAUGGGAUACGGGUAACGAUAGUCAAUGAGGAAUGAAAGCACAUGAAUAUCAAACCGGGUCCAAGGUGGUGGUGGUCGUCAGUAAGGGAGGGAGUGGUUCCAGGUUCCCCUUGCAUGACAUGACAGGAAGAGGUGUAAAGUCGAGUUAAAGUUGUUAAAAGUUCCGAGGUCUUGCGGGGUGUUGCAGCGGUGGCACUCGCUUACCCCCCUCUCGACCCCCUG